AAGUAGUUUUUUUUUUCAGAAACAAAAGUAGUUUUUUUUUUUCAGAAACAAAACAAAUCACAUCAAGACAUGAGCAUAGAGGAAUAUUGCUAAAUAUGUAUCAAUAUUGAUAAAAUACAAAAGAAAAAAAUAAAAUAAAUAAAUUGGUUGUGGUAGCGUAACUUAAGCCUUAAGUCCCUUGCACACUAGAAGAAGACUUAUGAGAAGACUUCCAAAAACAAUGAGGACCAAGACACAAGUCAACCACUAGUCUUUGUCAAAGAGAAAGACUAACGACGUCUUUAAAGUAUCCAUCUUCCUAUGUAAGUUACCUUUUGAAAAUUAUACCAACGAAUACACAUUUCUUACAAACACUAAAACAUUGAAGCUUCCUUUAGAAAGUUUUAGUCUUCAGACCCAAAAAAGGGAAGAACACACGUUCGUAUAUGUGUAUAGAUAGUGGUGAGUAUGAAUGAUGCAGAGGCAAACAUGGCGAGAAGUCUCAGCGAUGAUACUCACUCAGGGUUCGAGCUGCCAGAGCUAGACUUGUCAGAUGAAUGGAUGGACGAUGAUCUUAUGUCUGCCGUUUCUGGGAUGAAUCAAUCUUAUGGUUAUCAGACUAGUGAUAUCGCUGCUGCCUUAUUCUCAGGUUCCUCUAGCAGUUUCAGUUAUCCCGAGUCUCCAAGUACCAACACUUCUGUUGCCGCUACAGCCACUGCUUCUGCCGAAAACCAAAUUAAGAAAGAAAAGAAGAAAGUUAAAGAGAGAGUUGCAUUCAAGACACGGUCUGAGGUGGAAGUGCUUGAUGACGGGUUCAAGUGGAGAAAGUAUGGAAAGAAGAUGGUGAAGAACAGCCCAAAUCCCAGAAAUUACUACAAAUGUUCAGUUGAUGGCUGUCCUGUGAAGAAAAGGGUUGAAAGAGAUAGAGAUGAUCCUAGCUUUGUGAUAACAACUUACGAGGGCUCCCACAAUCACUCAAGCAUGAACUAAGUCAAGAUUACAUUGACUGAGAAAAGAUAGUGAACCCAUGCUAUACAGGGGAUUCACCUUUUGAAUCAAAUUUUCUAUGGCUGAGAGAAUAAAUAAAAAUGUACAAGAUGGUUAUGUUA